UGGUGAUCCAGUGGAGAGGAACAACAGAUGGAGAGUUCGAAACCCCAGAGGUGGAUCCUAGUGGAAAGCAUCCAAGAGAUACAUUGUUUUGGAGAAGAUUCCAAAGAGAAAGCACCAUGACUAUAAAUAUUGCUGGGGCUGUGUCAAUGGCCAGUUUUUAUCUGCUUAUUCUUACUGUCGGCAUCUGGGCAGCAAAGAGAGCCAAAAAAGUUGAAAGAACAUACGAGGGUGAAGGUCCUGAAAUGGUAAUGAUAGCAGGACGAAAAAUCGGAAUCACCCUUGGCAUUCUAACAACCACAGCAACCUGGGUUGGUGGUGCAUAUAUAAACGGCACAGCUGAAAUGGUCUACCGACCAGAUGCUGGACUAGUAUGGACUGUAGCCCCUUGGACGUCUCUACUUUGUUUAUUCAUUGGUGGUUUGUUUUUUGCAAAGAAAAUGCGAGCUGAGCGGUAUGUAACAAUGUUGGACCCAUUUCAGCUGCGCUAUGGGAAGCAAAUAGCAAGUUUGGUGUUUGUUCCAGCCAUAAUCGGAGAAAUAUUCUGGUCUGCUGCGAUUCUGGCAGCUUUAGGUACAACUUCUAGUGUUAUCCUGGAUCUAGAUAAGAAUCUAUCAGUGGUCAUUUCAGCCUGUGUGGCAAUGAUUUAUACAUUACUUGGAGGACUGUAUUCAGUGGCAUAUACUGAUGUCGUUCAAUUAGGAUGUAUUUUCUUUGGUUUGUGGCUGUGUGUGCCUUUCACAAUUCUAAAUCAUGCUGUUACAAGCAUCAAGAUCACAGCAGUUAAGGAGGUCCAUCAAAAACCCUGGCUUGGAAAAAUUGAUGAGAGUCUUAUUGGAAAAUGGAUUGACGAUCUUUUGCUAAUGGUAUUGGGAGGAAUACCGUGGCAGGCGUAUUUUCAAAGAGUGCUGGCAUCUUCCUCUAUUGAAAAUGCUCAAACAUUAUCAAUAGCAGGAGCAUUUGGUGGUUGUAUAAUGGGCAUCCCUUCAGUCCUGAUUGGCUCUGUUGCAGCUUCUACAGACUGGAAUCAGACUUCUUAUGGCUCCCAGUCGCCUUAUGAGAUAAAUGAAGCUGCCAUGAUCCUACCAUUAGUUCUCCGAUAUUUGUGUCCUCCUGCUGUCUCUAUAUUUGGAAUUGGCGCCAUUGCAGCUGCUGUCAUGUCCUCAACUGACUCCUCUCUUCUUUCAUCAAGCUCCAUGUUCACCCAUAAUAUCUACCGAAAGAUUGUCAGACCAAAGGCAUCAGAGAAAGAAAUCCUCUAUGCGAUGAAGACUACAGUUUUGGUAGUGACGGUACUUGCCACUAUCCUUGCUCUCUUUACCAACACUAUCUAUGGCCUUUAUGCAUUAAGUGCUGACCUGGUGUACGUUAUCCUUUUUCCACAGCUUGUUUGUGUUCUGUAUAUUCCAUGUGUGAAUAGACUUGGAUUUGUCACUGGAGUACUGACAGGAGCAUUGCUCAGGAUUUCUGGAGGUGAACCUCUUUUUCAUUUUCCAGCUGUUAUCCACUUUCCUGGAGGUUAUUUCCAGGAUAGUGACUAUAUCCAGACUUUUCCAUAUAAAACCUUGGCAAUGCUCUGCUCUUUGAUAGUGACUGUAACCUUGUCAUAUAUCAGCAAACUCAAAUGGCCAGAGGGGUAUGUAAUUGCCUUUAACUUGACAGAAAUACCAAGUGAGCCAAGAACCACUGCUUAAUCAUUUUGAUAAAGUGAAAUAACAACAGGGGAAACAAUAUUUAAC